AGUGGAUGGAUGAGUGUAUUGGGACGCGGCCCGAGCGGAGCUAGUGAAUCCGGCUGGAAGAGAAAAGAAGCCGCAGAUCAAAACAGUGGCGUGAAUCCAGCUGCGAGAAGAAGAGCAAUUAAAGGGAUUUAAAAAAAUCAAUAAUAAUAAUAAUAAAAACCCAUCGAUCUCGGAUUAGAAAAAUAAUUUUAACAUGCCAAGCAAGAAGAAGAAAUACAACGCCAGAUUUCCUCCGGCAAGGAUUAAGAAGAUCAUGCAGACAGAUGAAGAAAUAGGCAAAGUAGCUGCUGCAGUUCCUGUCAUAAUCUCGCGGGCACUGGAACUCUUCCUGGAGUCUCUUCUGACGAAAGCGUGCCACGUUACCCAGUCCCGCAACGCCAAAACCAUGACGACGUCACAUUUGAAACAGUGCAUCGAACUGGAGCAGCAGUUUGACUUCCUGAAGGAUCUGGUGGCCGCCGUCCCGGACAUGCAGGGAGAGGGGGACGAGAAUCACGCCGAGGGGGCGGAGAGGAUCCCACGCAGAGGCCGAAAGCCUGGCUCAGGACGCAAGAACGGAGGAGCAGGAGCCAAAGGCAAAGACAAGAAGCUGUCGGGCACGGAGUCCGAGCAAGAGGAUGACUCUGAAGACAGCGAGACGGACGGAGACGAGGAGGAGAUCUCUCAGCCCAACACACACCAUCAGGCAGCAUCCCAUUUUCACAGCCCCGACAUGCCUCCUCCGUACAUGGCCAUGCCCAUGAGUGCCCCUCAGACGGCUCUCGCCAUGCCCAUCGGUUCCUUCGGCUCCCAGGCUUCAGUCAUGGGGAUGAUCGCGCCUCCUCCCGCCACGGCGCCGCAUAAAGAAGAACACGACGACGACGAAGACUACGACUCUUAGCUCCUUGUCCCCGUUUUACAUUCGUUUUUUCUUAAGUUGUUCUUGUUUGGCUGCAGAAUGCAAACCGAUGGAAACUGAACAGAACUUUUCAAACACUUCACGUCCAGACACCGGUGAAGGGGCGUUAGCAAGCCUGCAGCCACAGCGCAAGAAGAGGAAUGGGUUGUAUAUUAGCUAUGUGUUUUAAUUUCCUUUUUUUAAGAAUUCUUAUUUUACUGCCCGGAUUAAAAAAAAAAGAAAAGAAAAGGAGGAAAAAAAAAAAAAAAAAAAAAGAA